UUCCCUAUCCCCUCAGAGACUCCCACCACCAGCCCAUCUCCCCAGCCUACAAGGACAAGGCCACCCCUUAUGAAGCAAAAAUCAAGAAUACUGAGAGGGGUAUUAACUACAGAAAACUCUCAGGCUAUGUGGCAUUUACCAGAUGGCGACACUACAGCUGUGGCAAGCAGCCAACAACGACGUAGUAGUACAGUAGUGACAUCUAAGAUUGACAUUGAAGAGUACAACAGACGCAGACGAAGCUCAACUUUACUUAUGCCAGCAACUCCAUCUAUAAGGGAGGGGGAUGAGGAACAAAAUAAUGGCAAUAAUAACUUUAACAUCAGUGUUACUCCAGAGGACAGAGUCCUUGUGAAACCAGAAGCAACUCCUGGUAAACCAGCGGCAAGGAAAUCUAUAGGGAAGUCCUCUAUUAAUGGCAGCAGGCGACCAUCAGUCUUAUUCCUUGACAAUGACUAUGCAUCUGCUGAGGAAUAUAUCGAUAACUGUUGGAACCAGAUAGAAGACUUUGAGACAGAAAGUGAUAGUCCAUAUAAUGAAUUCUCUAAUAUCCCAGAACCAGAUUAUGAGAAUUCUAAUUUCAUUUUACGAGAUCCAAAUGAUUACUGCACUGCAUCUGUACGUUCUAAACUAGGGAGGAGAAAUCGUUUUGUCCCUCCUCCGCCACAAAGAUCAUUACCCCCUACCCCAAUAGAUGAUUUCGAGGUAGACAACAUUUAUGACUCCAUUACAAAGAGGAAAGGUUUGCCUCCUCCCCCACAAGAUUACAUUGACCAUGGAAAUCGUCCUUUCUCUCCCCCUUUCCCCCCACCCCCAAAUGACCUGAUGCACAUACCUAUUCCUCCACCCUUACCACCCCCUGAGUUCAAUUCCUUGAAACGAAAACCAGACAAUAACAGUGAAAAUGACUCUGAUGAUAACUCAGAAGACAUGACAGAUCCUACAACUAUGGAACGCAAUUGUAACAAAUCUAGAGAAAAGAUUAAGAAAUAUUAUACAAAGGAAGCUAUGGUGCUAAAUGACCAAGUACAGAAUGAAUUAAGGAGAAUUUUAAGUUUUAAAGCAACGCAUGUUGAUGGUCAAGCAAAUGACACAGCUGAUGACAUAAGUGAGGUUGAUGUAUGACCGUAUUAAGUAUAAAAGGGGCAACAAAGAUAAAGGAAAGCUAGUAACAAUUGAGAGUAAAUUUCUAAGAACAAAAAGGUCACAACUUUUUAAUAUUUUUUGCUCACGAUACUCCAGUUCUUUUUUGAUUAUAAGUUUACGUGAAUAGAUAUUUCUGCAUAUUAUAUCUUAAAAACUCUACAAUCAAUUUCUCAGAUCGUAAAACUAGGAUUGUAAAGGAAAAGCAUACUUUGACUUUUAAUAUUGUAUAUGAGCUAUUCUUUGUUGCCACUUUAAGAUGAAAAUGUGUCUCUUUCAGAGGACCAGAUUUACAUUUUAAUUAUUGAACAGAUAUAUUUUUGUCCUUAUAGGUCAUUGCCCAAGAUUAAAAC